AUGACAACUUUGGUAGAACUAUUUGACCAAGUGGUAAAGGAUCCAAAAAAGAGGAAUAAUAUCGUUUUACAAGAUGAAGACCGGACGUGGACCGUGGCUUCAUUGGACAAAGUUACUCAUGAUCUGGCGGUUCUAUUUAGAACCAAAUUUAACUGUAAAAAAGGAUCUUGCGUGGCCAUUUAUAUGAACAAGAGUGCUGAGUACGUGAUUUCUUAUAUCGCUGCUUUGAGAGCUGGUAAGAACAAACUCCCAGGCCGUCUUAUUUAUAGGUGGGGCAUAUCUUCCCUUGGAUAUAUCGUAUCCCGAAAAUCUUUUGACCUCUGUCUUAGACGAGGUUGUUCCUGCUGUGGUCGUUUCGACUCCACAACAUGCUUCUCGACUGCCAUGUAAGUAGGCUUAAAAAAGUUCUUUGUGAUAGAGAUUACUUUCGCUGCGCCUUGAAGUUGUUCAAUAAUUAUAAGUUUAUUUCUGCAGCGGAUACCCCUUGCUUUAUAUUUGAGAGUGGAUGGAAGAUUGAGGAGGUGCCUGAGGCAUUAUCCUUGCCAACUGAUAUUACGGCCGAUGACAAGGCCUACAUUGUGUACAGUUCAGGCACAACAGGGAAGCCUAAGGGCAUCGUCUGCCCCCAUCGAGGGGCAGUUGUAUCCUACCAAUACCGUUUUCAAUCCUAUCCCUACAAGUCUGAUGACGUUGUCGCUUCUAAUGUUUUCUUUGUUUGGGAAUUAUUGCGGCCUAUUUUACAAGGUAGGCGGACCACUCGAGUGCAAGCAGGUCUUCUAGGAAUCAAGUUAGUGGUAAUUCCGGAUGACAUUAUCUAUGAUCCAGCGCCUCUUUGUCGAUUUUUGAAGAAACACAAUGUCACCCGAAUGCUGUUCACUCCGUCCUUAUUGGAGACUGUGCUAGAUACCCAAAAAUCCGACUUUUUGAGGGAUUGCUUUAAGAAAUUCAGGUAAGAAUGCACAAUUGAUGAGAUAUUUUGCAGGGUUAUCCACCUCUGCGGAGAAGUUGUGACUACCAAUCUCUUGUCUCGCAUAAUGAAUCAUUUUGCCCAUUGUCAGAUCGUCAACUUAUACAGUAUCUCCGAAACCCAUGAUGUGGCGGUCGCGGAUCUAAACGAAUUCUUCAAGAAAAACGAACCCAGAAAGUUUGCGCCAGUUGGAAAAGUGAUUCCAUCGGUGAAAGUUCUGAUUUUGGAUCAGAACCAAAAAAAGGUCCCGAUCGGAGUUCCAGGAGAGAUAUUUGUUUCUGGGCCCACUCUUGCUCUUGGAUAUCUCAACAGACCAGAACUGAACAAGAAUCGGUUCCUGACGGUACCUGAGGAGUAUCAAAGUGAAGUGGGAACCAACCGUAUGUACAGAACAGGAGACUGGGGCUAUGUUCUUCCAAAUUCGGUCCUUGAGAUUUGUGGCCGCGUUGAUACUUUGGUCAGAAUCCGAGGAUACGGAGUGGAGCUGCAGGCGAUUGAAGCAACUCUGCUUAAAUUGGCGUAUGUUCGGAGCUGUGCUGUGAUUAGUAUCGGGAAGGAAGGAGAGGAUAAACAACUCGCUGCGUAUAUUGUACUAAAGGAAAAUACAUCAAGAAAGAGUAUAAGAGCGGAGUUGAAACGCCUUCUUCCCUUCUACAUGGUCCCACACUUUUUUGUGUUUUUGGAAAAGUGAGCCGUAUUGUCCAUUUUUACGAGUUAAUAUUUAUAAAAUUUAUAGACUUCCAGUAUUGGCGGCUUCCAGCAAGAUCGACAAGAAAGCCCUUCCCAACGUUGACUAUGAACGCGAUGUCGUCGAGACGGAGGCCUUGCCACAGACCUCAACAGAAAAGAAACUGGCUUCUAUUUGGGCAGAUGUGUUACAACAUUCUACACUGGAUAUUCAAGAGAGCUUCUUCGAUCUUGGCGGGUGAGUUUCUAACUGAAUUAAGAAAUCUUUUUGCUUAGUCAUUCUCUAAUGGCUGCAAGACUUCUGAGUCGUGUAGCUGAAGAAUUCAACAUUAAAUUUACCAUGAGAGAUUUGUUUUCUUCUCCGACUGUAUAUGAAAUGGCCAGAAUUAUCGAUGGAGUGGAUCAUCAAUCUCCCGAGCAUACAGUUAAUCUCGACUAUCAAGUUGAAACACAUGAUGUUAAGGACAAUAUGUAUGUCUGCAAAAUAUCUUACAAAUCAUUUUCAGUAUGGAUUUGCAUCUCCGGGCAUUCUGGAGAUCAACUGAAUGGGGGAAUCGUUUCUUUAGAUCGAAUAUCUUACUCACCGGAGUCACCGGUUUCUUGGGAACUCAUUUCUUAUACGAAAUAUUACUGAAUUCUCAGGCAAACAUUGUUUGCGUUGUUCGCGAAGUUAGUGGGGAGUCAGUAGAAGAAAGAGUAAAGUUUUCCCUUAAAAAGUAUGGAUUAUGGAAUAAUUCUAUGCCCGAAAUGAUCCGGUAAGAGAUAUAAAUAUGGUGUUACACAUUUGUAGCGAACGUGUUCGAGUCGUCAUCGGGGACAUUGCAUUGUUCAAACUUGGCCUUAGUGAAGAGCAUUACCACUUUCUGACUUAUGAUAUUGAUGUAGUUGUGCACGCUGCCGCGUAUGUCAAUCUUAUAUAUCCAUAUCAGGUACGGAUUGACCCAUAAAAUUGACGUUGUUCCAGGCUUUACAUGGCAUAAAUGUAUUGGGGACAAGAAAUGUGCUGGACUUUUGUCAUCAAAAUAAGGUCAAGCCACUGCAUUACAUCAGGUAUGCUGACGCUGUUAUAAAAUUCAUUUUUUUUUGCAGUACGGAUGCAGUAAUUCCGCAUAAUCUCAGCAAUAUUGACGAGAGCUUUGACAUCUCAGCUGUUAAAGAGAAGCUUUUCGAUGGUUACGCUCAAAGCAAGUAUGUGGCGGAACAACUUGUGAAAAGAUCAUUGGAAAGAGGGCUGCCUGGAAUUAUCUAUAGAUUGGGGAAUCAGGCAGCUUCUAGUAAGGCUGCCUUCUGGAACGAGCAAGACUUUACUUAUCUCAUGCUUAAGGCCGUCAUUCACACCGGUUCUGCCCCAAAUUUGGACUGGAUUGUAAGUUUUUGAAAUGAAAGCAGUGAGACAUGAUUAAAAAGUAACUUUUUUAUUUGUAAGGUUGAAGUCACCAAUGUCGACUUCACAAGUAAAUUCGUGAACCAUCUAAUCACGAAAGAAUUCUGUGAGAAUGUUGGAAAAACGUUCCACAUUACAAAUUCAGAAGGCCCCAAGUGGAGUGAAUUGGUGGAUUGGUUAGUCGAAUUUGGAUACGACCUCCAGUUUGUGGAAGCGAAUCUUUGGAUCGAGCAGUAAGCUCUAAAUCCAUUACCGUAAUCCUUCUUGCAGAGUCAGCACUUCCAAUGACCCAGCUUUGCAACAAAUCCAGAAGUUACUACAGUUGAUGGUCAGGUAAGCGUAAUUAAUAAAGUAGUUGUUUUUUCCAGAGACGAAUCCUAUUUCCGCACUCAAACCACUUAUCUUCGUACCAAUACCGAUGCCUUAUUGUCAUCACUGAAAUGGAAGUAUCCAAUUCUCGAUAAGAAACUGUUCCAUCAUUGGAUUCGAAACUUAAUCGAGCAAAAGGUUAUUGCCAAACCAAGACCCAGAUCAGGUAAUCAUGUUCUUUACCUCUUUUCUGAAAGAAUUUUGAAAAUUUUUUGGUGUACAAAAGAAGGGAUGUCUCAGCUUCAAUUUGGUAUAAACUUUAUAGAUAUAUGGCUCAGAACUUCUAAAUCUCUCCGCAAGAGUCCAUACGAACCCUGCAAAUUGAGUCCAAAGUUAAAAGUUGCGCACUCUGAUAUAACAUUACGCAAUUUCUCUCUUUGUAGGAAUUUCUGCCUUUCUCUGUCGCCUCCUCCUUUUUUUUGUCAACUUUUAACUUUAGACUAAAUUUGCAGGGUUCGGAUGGAUUCUUGCGGAAAGAUUUAGAAGUCCCGAGCCAUAUAUUGGCGCAGUAUUUGCGGAGAAAUACCUGAAAUAAUGUUGGAAGCUCCGAGUGAACCAUUCUGUAUAAUCUAGCAGCUAAAAGUUGUUUGAUUCACUUGUAUCGAGCUUUUUCUUUACUUUUCUUUUACAGGAAUGACCUUAUUGAAUAAGGUGUGUGUGGUCACCGGUGCAAGUGAAGGAAUUGGAGAAGCGAUUGCCAGGGACUUGUCCCGAGAAGGGGCAAAGGUAGUCCUCUUGGCUAGGCAACUGGACAAACUUGGAAAAAUCGUAACGGAUCUGAUUUCCCUCGGGUCGCUAGACUCCUCGCUUUUGGCUCUGAAGUGUGACAUUACUGAUCGAAGCAAUGUGUGCGAGGUUCUAGACAGGGUUACCAAUGAAUUCGGAAGGAUAGAUGUAUUGAUAAAUUGUGCUGGCUGUAUGUAUUACUGCCUAUCUAAAAAUGGUUACACUGACGAAUGGAAAAGGCAGAUCGAUGUGAAUUGUCACGGAACAACGAAUAUGACAGCAGGAGUCAUUCCUGUAAUGAUUAAACAAAACAGCGGGCACAUUGUUAAUAUCACUUCUGAUGCGGGCAAAAGAGUGAGUUUAAUCUAAUUCACAACAGGAAACAAUCAAGGAGCCUUCGCCUAGCUUACAAAAAAUGGUUUCCGGGUACGGGGAACGCGAUGGUAAAUCCGUCUGUCUUUAUCGCGUCUGUUUCUUAUGAUAUAAAAUACAACCUUCAUAGUACACCCGGUUGUGGUAACCUUUAAAAAUUUUUUCAUGGAAAAUUACACAUAUUGGGUGCUAGGAAAAUAUGAAAUUUUAAAAAUUGGUUCGAUUUGAAUUCACGUCGAAGCUGCGCUCCAACCAUACAAUGACCGUGUUUUAAGCCUUUACAUUGAACGUUUUUAGGGGUUUGCUGGCCUUGCGGUUUAUUCUGGAUCCAAGUUUUACAUCGAAGGUUUUGUUCAAGCAUUGAGGCAGGAAUUAGUGGAAUACAACAUAAAGUUUACAAACAUUCAACCAGGUGAUGUGUCGACCCAAUUGGCUGGACGCUCCACCGACAAAGAGGUAUGAUUCUAGCCUACAAUGCUUCACUAAAGUCCAUAUAACAGCACUUCAGAAAUUUCUCGGUUUGUAUUUACAAGUAAUCGGCAAAUACUUUCCACAUGGUUUCUAACGAAACAGGUAUCAGCUGGAGGAGCAUUAAAAAUAGUGUACAGCGCAAAAGAAUUAGCUGCCCAAUUUGCCUGGGGCAUAGAACGACCCUUUUUUAAAAGGGGUCAUAAGCGGCCAAAACGCCGGUUUUUAUGUUACAGUAAUUCUUCAUUGAUUUCCUCGUAUCCAAAAACGCUUACCGUGGUCGUUUUAUGGCUUUGCUAAUCCUCGGUCGGUUAUGACUUAUAAGACGUUAAUGUUAGUUACAAAAAGGUUUUUCCCAAGCCGGGAAUUCAACUUGCUUGGGUUGGCUGCACUACACAGCAACCACUGCAUUGCUGAAGCGAUCCCUUCGCUGCGACUUCCCGUUUUUGUAUUGUAAUAUUGACCAAGGGCCAACAGCCCGGGAUUCGGCGAUUUUUGCGCUUGGCGAAUUAUACAGGGUGUUCAGAGAUUAUGUAAAAAAACUAUUCAUUAAUAACUUUGCCCUCGGUGGUCCAAUCCGAAUUUUUUUUUUGCAUUUUACAGAAAAACCUUGGAGUUUUUAGAAUGUAAAAAAUUUUUUCUUUUAUCGGCGGAGACUUCCGUAAUCCGCGUUGAAUUCGGCGGAGUGUUUUUUUCACAAAAUAAGGCUGUAAAUCGUUGUAUGUGUAAAGAAAAUGGGCGGAAAAGGAUCCAGAGAACACAAUAUGACAUUUCUUUCAAAAUUUCUAUGCUUCGGCGGAGAAAUUUUUCAACCUCAGCGCACGAUUUUUCUUGGACUCCGGAUAGUCGAAAUUGGCUAAAACCAAAGCGUAUGGUAUCCCUGGUUGGAUGGCGCCUAAAAACGACUUAUUACGUCUUCAGCUGGCUGGCAGAUGAAGAAACGGCAAUUUGGCGGAGAAAUCGGCGAGGAAAAAAUUAACCCAUUUAAGAAAUUAUGCAAAUUUAUCCGCCGAGCAUCCGUCAAUAAGAAGAAUCAUAUUUUUGGUUGAUCAGGCCCGGAUAAGACCUACAAUUUUAGCUUUCUAAUCAUAAUUUCUUAAAUGGGUUAAUUUUUUUCUCCGCCGAUUUCUCCGCCGAAUUGCCCUUUUUUCAUGUGCCAGCCGGCUGAAGACGUAUUAAGUCGUUUUAGGCGCCAUGCCACCAGGGAUACCAUACGUUUUGGUUUUAUCGAAUUUUGACUAUCCGGAUUCGAAGAAAAACCGUCUGCCGAGGUUAAAAAAUGUCUCCGCCGAAGCAUAGAAAUUUGAAAGAAAUGUCAUAUUGUAUCUUCUGGAUCCUUUUCGGCCCAUUUUCUUUACACAUACAACGAUUUAUAGCCUUAUUUUGUGAAAAAAACACUCCGCCGAAUUCAACGCGGAUUACGGAAGUCUCCGCCGACAAAAGAAAAAAUUUUUUUUAGAUUCUAAAAACUCCAAGGUUUUUCUGUACAAUGCAAAAAAAAAUUUUCGGAUUGGACCACCGAGCGCAAAGUUAUUAAUGAAGUACUAAUGCGCACUCCUCACACAAUAGUAGUUCUCGAAAUUUUUUACCAAAGCGCGACUUUCGGCGCAAAAAAAGUCGACAAUGAAAUUGAAAAAGCCUAUCGUCUGAGGUGAUGAUCACCUCGGACAAUAGGAUUUUUUAUGAACCCUUUAUAAAAACACAAACUGGGCAAUUUCUGAAGUGUAGUUGGGGCACUGUAUUCAUUAAAAUGAUUUCAAUUAAGGCGACGGAAAAAUACGAUUUUUCGAAAGCGGGGCACAGAAUUUUGGAUCCCGAAGACGUCGCAAAGGCUGUAAUUUAUACACUCGGACAAGCAAAACACGUCGCAGUCAACGAAUUACUUAUUGAACCACAACAAGCCCCAAUAUAA